CACGCGUUUAGCUUUUAACUUUGAUCACCCUUGAAUGGAUCAGGGAGGCUCUUUUUUGGUGUUACACAUCCCUCGCUGAGAAAAGUCACUGACAAAUUUCUCGUGGGAAUAGGCAUAGUUGAAUCCGACGUGCAUCCUCUGAAACCUGCCAUUCGUUUCGUCCUCGAUGUCUGCUCCAGAUUCCACACAUGCAUACAACUUUCCGCCUUUCCCAGAGCCUCCCACGGGUAUCGUGAUUACCCCAUUCAAAGCGUUUGUAGAGUGCGGGACCCAAAUCACUCGCGGCGAAGAUGGUAUUGAGCGAGACGGAUUGGGAAUACCCACAAUUCUGUUGGCGACGACCAGGUCUGACGGACUGAAGCGCAAAAGCAAAAAGAAGAAGAAUAAGGGAAUCGGCGUCCGCAAAGGACCGUGGUGGACCGAGUACGAAAAGGAGAACGAAGUACAGGGGACGAGAAUCGAUUACCGCGCGAUAUCAACAACUUUGGAUCGAGUUCAUCAGGCUAUCGAAGACUUUGGAAAGACAUAUGGAGUCAUAAUGGAUGAAAUCACUCAGAGCCAUACCAUCUGGCGUCACUUCAAAAUGUUCAUUGGAGUCGAGAAUCGAACCUUGACUGGGCCUAAAACUGUUGAUGACCAUGAAGACGAUAUCUACUUCGACGAUGAAGAAACCAACGAUUUCCUAAUGACUACCGAAUCUGACCUCGAUCCGACGGGGCUCAGUGGCGAAUCACCAGUCCCGUUUCCCAUUCCACAUUUCGAAGGGGUGGCCCACGAUCUGAUGUCGGGGGACAGCACCACUGCUAAGAUCGAGGAUGUUCAAGACCCCAAAUUGCAAGCGCUCAUUGAUGAUCCCAGACGCAGUAUCCAGACUUUCCUGUCUUCGGAGAUGCACAAUUUGGGUCACUUGUGGAGCCCGAUAGCAUGCAAAGCUGCCCCGCACAUCCUGCGAAUUUUUGUGUUCUUUCUCAUUCGGAAUCAAGUCACUGGGCCGGAACGCGUCGAGAAUCUGCGCGCGGCUCUACCAGUCAUUGACAGAGCGGGGAAGGAGCUCGCUUUGUUGAAAGUUGUGGCUCACGCUCUGCCAGACGCAUUCGGGGAGGCAUGUCAGAUGCACUGGGGCACGAAGCAGGAGACCCUCAAGUUCGGUGUGGAUCAAGAUCAGGAUUGGGAUAUGCAAGAGGAUAAGAUACGGACAGAGGAGGCUCAGGAUUCCACGGGGGACCCGUCUGGCUGGGGCGCCGAUGCAGGCGGCUGGGGAGGAAGCGGCGGCUGGGGUGGGGGGACGGAUUCUGGAUGGGCUGACUCUGCACCAUCAUGGGGGUCCAUCGUCGAGCCCAAGCCUGUGGUUGAUCCGCGACCCACACUUCUCGGUCUUUUUGGACCUCUUGCGCUGAGCAACACACAUUCACCAGGGCUAGUCGAGUAUAGCAUGCGGCGGAUUGUCUCUUUCUCUGCUCCCAGAUACGACAGCACCCCUGGCGGCGACCCAGUCGAGUCGUUUCUCAAAUCAAAAUUGCACCAACUCGUCCUCGCUCCCUGGCCUGAUUGGGAUUCUGACGAAGAACGGGGGUCGCCUCAGAUGCUGCCGACGUCCUCUGGGGAUGCGCAAGGUCACGACAUGAGUCGAGACCACAUCACAGUGCUUGUCCAUAUCGAAGAUGGCUCAGAGAAUGCGACCGUUCUAGAGCAAGCUGUCGGGAUGGGAAUACGCGGUCGUUGGGUGCAGCUUGCUCGAGUAUCUCCGGACGCGGAAUCCACAAACGGGCAAGGUUUGUUGUGGUAUGUUGAUGCGAUGGUCAUGAAUAUCCCCAGCUUCUGGAUAAUCGUCUAGCGACUGAAUCGAUCUUGUGUACAUAUCCGUGAUCUGACCUUCAUCGUUGACCAAUCCACGCAGUAGUUGUACUCAACCUGAGAGUGGCGGUGUUGAUGAGUGACGUGACGAAUCAGUGACUAGCGCUGGACGCGCGUCGCGUUGUUUCGUCCGUUCAUUUAACCAUCAUGCCCGACUCUACUGAAUACGCGAUCGAAGUCCCCUCCGAGGAUCCUAAGAAGAAGAACGAGAAGGACAAGGAGGAGGGAUCAUCGAAGCUGUCUAAGGACGGCAAAGAGAAAAAAGCGGAUGGCAAGGAUGCUGAAGGGGACAGUGAAGAGCUCUCAGAAGAGGACCUUCAGCUGAGGAACGAGCUGGAGAUGCUUGCUGAACGGUUGAAGGAAUCGAAUACUGACUUAUACGGACCGGCCCUAGAAACCUUACGGACGCUCAUAAGAACAUCCACCUCCUCUAUGACCUCAGUCCCCAAACCUUUGAAGUUCUUGCGACCGCUAUAUCCCGACCUUCAAGCACUUUACGAGACAUGGCCAGUAUCAGAGAACAAGUCGCUUUUCGCCGAUAUCCUCUCCGUCUUGGCCAUGACAUAUUCCGACACGCAGCCGCGUGGAACACUGCGUUACCGCCUUCUCGCGUCUUCUAUGCGACCUGCGGGUGCUCCGCUUGCGGAUCCGGGAAGCUGGGGCCACGAAUACGUGCGCCAUCUCGCUGCAGAGCUGGGAGAGGAGUACAACAUCCGCGAGCAAGAAGACGCAUCGGAGGUCUCCGCCGAUAAACCUCAGCCCAUCGGCACUAUCGAAGAGCUUCGGAGCCUGGCCAAGGAGUGUUCCGUCUUCCUGAUCAUGCACAACGCAGAGCCGGAUGCGGUAGACCUCUUGGAGGAGAUGGAGAUUGUGGACGAGAUCGCCAACCUGGUAGACAAGGACACUUUCACGCGGGUCUGCCAAUACAUGGUUCGUUGUGUGAACCUCUUGCCGCCUCCCGAUGACAUCUCCUUCCUGCGAACUACGCACAAGAUCUACGUCAAGUUCGAUAAAUUUCCUGAAGCUCUGGCUUUGGCCAUCCGACUGGGCGACCCGGAACUCGUUAGGGAAGACUUCAACGCUCCCGCUAAUCCACUAAUGCAGCGACAACUGGCGUUCAUCAUCGCUCGCGCUCAGGUUCCGCUGGAGUGGCUCCGAAGCUCCACAGAGGAGGUUGACGAGGACGCCGACAUCUUGGACUCAUUUUCUGAAGACCUGAAGGAGUGUCUCUGCAACACUCGAAUCAGCGGACACUUCCGCGAGUUUGGCAAAGAACUCGGCGUGACGGAUCCUAAAAGCUUGGAGGAUGUGUACAAGUCUCACCUCGAAAACACCCGACCGAACGCAUUAGCAAACGUCGAUUCCGCUCGGGGCAACUUGGCCGGCACUUUUGUCAACGCUUUCGUCAAUGCUGGUUUUGGAAACGACAAGCUGAUGGUCGAAGCAGAGGAAGGCAACAGCUGGGUGUACAAGAACAAAGAACAUGGCAUGCUCAGUGCAACCGCGUCGCUGGGGCUAAGUCUUCUUUGGGACACGGACAUGGGUCUCAGCCACGUCGACAAGUACACAUACUCCCCUGAAGAAUACAUCAAAGCUGGAGCGUUACUGGCAACCGGCAUCCUGAACUGUGGGGUCCGUACUGAAGCCGAUGUCGCCAAGGGUCUGAUUGGGGAAUACGUCGAGAACAAGUCGGUGCCGCUCAAGACAAGUGCAAUCAUCGGUUUGGGUUUGGCGUACAUCGGCUCCCAUCGCGAGGAUCUGCUGCAGCUAUUGCUCCCUCUUGUGUCAGACGAUGUGACGAUGGAAAUUGCAAGUCUAGCCGUGCUGGCUCUGGGUUUCAUCUUCACUGGAAGCGAGAACGGAGAAAUCACGGGGACUAUCUUGCAACUAUUGAUGGAGAAGGCCGAGAGAGACGAUGCUGGACUGGGCGAGAAGUGGAGUCGGUUCAUGGCUCUCGGUUUGGGAUUGCUGUAUCUUGGUUUGCAAGACUCGUCUGAUACCACUCUGGAGACACUUAAAGUCAUUGAGCACCCAGUGUCGAAGACAGCGCAGAUCAUCGUAGAAGCGUGUGCGUUCGCGGGUAGUGGAAACGUCCUCAAGGUUCAGGAGAUGUUGCAUCAGUGCGAUGAGCACAUCGUCCCGAAAGAGGGCGAAAAAGAUGACAAGAAGGAGGGCGAGAACAAAGAGGAGACCAAGGAAGAGAAACCGGAUGACUCUUUCCAGGCCUUUGCUGUGAUUGCCGUCGCCUUGAUUGCCAUGGGCGAGGACAUCGGUGCUGAGAUGUCUUUGCGUCAGUUCCAUCAUUUGAUGCACUACGGUGAACCUGUCAUUCGGAAAGCAGUUCCACUAGCGAUGGGUCUAGUCAGUGCCUCGAACCCCCAGCUGCCCAUCCUCGACACGCUGUCCAAAUACAGUCAUGACAACGACCUGGCUGUCGCGCUCAACGCCAUCUUUGCCAUGGGUUUGGUCGGUGCCGGCACAAACAACGCUCGGUUAGCCCAAAUGCUGCGGCAGUUGGCAGGGUACUACUACAAGGAGCCUGACUGCUUGUUUAUGGUCCGAGUUGCCCAAGGCCUGGUGCAUAUGGGCAAAGGCACCAUUGGGCUGCAUCCGUUCUUCGCUGACAGGACUAUCAUGAGCCGCGCUGCUAUGGCUGGAUUGUUGGCCACGAUCACUGCUUUCACGGAUGCCAAGAGCUUUAUUCUGGACAAGUAUCAUUGGAUGCUGUUCUUCUUGACACCAGCAAUGUAUCCUCGCUUCUUGAUUACACUGGACGAGGAGCUGAACGCGAAGCCCGUCACCGUCCGAGUUGGCCAGGCUCUCGAUGUCGUUGGCCAAGCCGGCAAGCCAAGAACGAUUUCUGGUUUCCAGACACAUCAAACUCCUGUCAGGCUAGCCACCACGGACAGGGCAGAGCUUGCGACGGAAGAGUUCAUUCCCUUCAGCCCGGUCCUCGAAGGAUUCGUCAUUUUGCAGAAAAACCCCGGCUGGGAGACGGAGAAUGAGAAGAUGGAGAUGUAGAUCACUUCUGUGAACAUGUGAAUGGAAUGCCGAUUUGUUUCUCUGAGCCAGCCUGUGCCCUCAGACUCGGCCCAUUGCUGAGUCUGACCGAGGUUAUGACCACUGAAAUCUUACUCACUCGAGACAUAUUUGCCAGAGUUUUUGACUAAACAUAGUCGCCAAUAGAGCUGUCCAGCAGAACACUUGGAGCUCUUUU